AUGGGAGCGGCCAGGGGGGGAGCCCAUCUCCCUAUCGAACUUAUCCUGCUUGCCGCCGAAUAUCUUAUGCCUGUUGACCUGCUUUCUCUCUUAUAUGCGGCUCCUGGGCUCGCACGGGUCCUAACAUAUAAGCAUACCACGCUUCAGGAUGAAGGAGGGAGGACGAUCAUCCAUCUACUCGCGAGGGAGGGCGAAUUGAUGAAGCUGCUGCUGGCAAACGACGGUAUCCGGACAGACCGGAAGGAUAAUUUUGGUCGGACGCCGCUAUCCUAUGCAGCUGGAGGUGGGGAUGAAGCAGUAGCCAGGCUACUGCUGGACCGACAAGAUGUUGACGCGGAUGUGAAGGAUAAUGAUGGGCUAACUCCGCUAUCCUAUGCGGCUGGAGGUGGAUAUGAAGCAGUGGUCAGGCUAUUGCUGGACCGACAAGAUGUUGACGCGGAUUCAAAGGACAACUUGGGUCGGACCCCAUUAUUAUAUGCAGCCUGGCGCGGACAUGAAGCUGUAGUCAGGCUACUGCUAGACCGACAAUAUGUUAAGGCGGACUCAAAGACUAACUGGGGUCAGACACCAUUAUCCUUUGCAGCUGGGGGUGGACAUGAAGCAGUGGUUAGGUUAUUGCUGGACCGACAAGAUGUUGAGCCUGGCGCGGGCAUGAAGCUGUGGUUCGGCUACUACUAG